AUGCAGCGCAAUGCAAUCACGGGCGCUCGCGCAGUACACGGACCUCCCAUAGCGGCGCGAGACUCCAGCCCAGAUUACAUCAGCAUGAAUAACAGAUUACCCCAGGCGUUAUUAGAGCGAUCAAUGAGUUAUGGAGUGAUCCGUCGAUGUCAGAAAGAGAGUGGUGGUAAUUCAAUUCUCAAAGAGUUGAAAAUGAUGGAUACACAGCGUGCUUUGCUGGCAGUGGAGCGUCUGCAGGAGAGGGUGAAGGAGAGGGGAGAGCUGCCCACUGAAGAAAAACUCAGUCUGCUCAAGAGUGUCUUACAGAGUCCCCUGUUCCAUCAGAUACUCAGCAUGCAAGAGACUGGACAACAGCAUCGGCAACAACAGGUUUCUCCCAGAACAUCUCAGUCUGUGAGCGAUGAUGUGGAUGGUUUGCGCGCAUCCCACCCCUCCUACACUCUGAGACACAGAGACUCCUACCUUUCGGCUCAACAACGCAGUGGCUGCUGUCGAUCCACUAACCAUGUGACUUUUGCCCCCUGCAUCACUGAGGACAUUUCAGUGCUGCAGUCCAUGGCCCAGGGUCGGACUGUGCUUAGAUUUGACCUGGAGAAGGGAGAGAGCGCUUUAGGCAUCAGCAUUAUUGGCGUGGAGACUGAAGACAGUGGCGGUCAAGGUAUCUUCAUACAGGAGAUUCAGUCAGGCUCAGUGGCAUACAGUGAUGGACAUCUUCAUGAGGCUGAUCAGAUUUUAGCAGUGAAUGGUAUGCUGUUUGACUCAUCAGUAACACAGGAGCAAGCUGUCAAGGUUCUGCAGGAAGCUGCCCCCAUGGUAACCUUGACUGUAGCCAGAGGACCAAUAGCCAAAUUCAGCCCACCACCAUCACCACGAAUGAGCCACACUGUCUCUGUCAAAAACUUUUCUGGCCUUGCUGGACAAUUCAGUCCUCGACAAAUUCAUCUGAUUGAGCUACAGAAUGAUGGAUCGGGUUUGGGCUUUGGCAUUGUGGGCGGGAGGAGUAUUGGUACCAUGGUUAAAACCAUCCUACCUGAUGGGGUAGCUGGAAAGGAUGGUAGAUUGCGUAGAGGUGAUCUUCUCCUCAGGAUCGGUGAUGUAGACGUGUCCUCCAUGGCCAGUGAGGAAGUGGCACGAGAGCUCCGUCUUGCUGGUUCCAAAGUUAGACUUCUCAUCGCCAGGGAAACCACUGAUGUUGACCUUUCACCCCCUAUCUCUCAGCAACAGGACACUCAGGAUUUAGUAGAGCAAAAGGAAAAAACUAAUAGCAAGAACAAUUUCGACACCAAAUCAACAGAAAACUUGAACGCAGAAUCCAGUGGGUUUGUAGUAAAGAGCAUACUAAAGGGAUUUACAGUGGAUCAGGAUGGACAAAUUCACAUUGGAGAUCACAUAAUUUCUGUGGAUGAUCAGAGUCUACGUGACUGCAGUGAACAGAAGGCGGAAGAAAUUCUGCACUUUUCUGGCCAACAUGAAGAUACAUCUCUUCUGAGAAAGGGCUCGCAAUAUGAAACACAAACAACCCCUACAACAUCCACGACCUCCCAGAGACCUUUGACCCCACUGGGUCUCCUGCCCUCUCCACCACCCACAUGUCUACCAGAGCCAAAGCCAGUUCUGCCCCCAGGGAAAGUUCUCUAUACUGAACGCUGGGACCUCAACUUCAACAGAGAGCGCACAGCCAGACUAUCUGAUGAAGAGGAGGAAACACUGAAGAAGAAGUGGCAAAGCAGACUGGGCCCUCAAUAUGAAGUCAUGGUGGUCCAGGUCCAGAAGUUUAGUGAGAGCAGUGGUCUUGGUGUGAGUCUGGAGGCUAAGGAAGGUCAUCAUUAUAUCUGCUCAAUACUGCCAGAGGGUCCAGUGGGACAGACAGGAGUCAUACGCCCUGGAGAUGAGCUGCUAGAGGUGAACGGGAUCUCACUGAUCGGUGAGUCACAUAAGGAAGUGGUGAGUUUGCUGAAGGAGCUUCCUGUGAUCGUUUGUGUGGCAUGUAGUCGUCUCAUCCCACCCACUCUCUGUGAGGAAGAUGAUGACGACGAUGAUGUACAACUCACCCUCAAGGAGCUACUGGCAGAAUUUAGUGAAAAGGCCAAGCCGAAUUCGUGGGGUGGUUUUGGUGCCUGCAAAGAUGAUGAUGGGGAGGUCAAGGCUUCUGUGCUGUCCCAUCAGGCCAUGUGGCAAAACGAGAUUCAAGUAUAUGAGCUGCAGAAAGGAGAUUCUGGCCUGGGAUUCAGCAUACUAGACUACCAGGACCCCAUGAACUCAGGGCAGACUGUGAUAGUGAUCCGCUCCCUUGUAGCAGGCGGUUUGGCAGAGAGAGAUGGCCGCUUGUUGCCAGGCGACCGGCUGAUGUUCGUCAACGGGACUGACUUGAGUCACGCGAGUCUGGCUCAGGCUGUUCAGGUCCUGAAAAGCACUGAUUUGGGCACCGUAUGCAUAGGAGUCUCCAAACCCUUACCAGAAAAUGACACCCAGGACUCAGGAGCUGAUGUAACAGGCAACUGCCUCUCGGCAUAUAACAACCAGGGAGGCACUCUGCAGAGAAACUCCUACUCUCAAAACAACAAGAUGGAGGCUGGUUGUAACCCCAUUUCUGCCCACUCCAGUGGCUAUGAGAGAACCAUAACUGUAGUCAGGGAAAACUCCAGUCUGGAUCUGCACUGCUGUAUUUUGCGCACUAUGAUUGUACUGUAAUUUGACUGUUCACAAAGGAACAUACGAAAUGGAUAAAUGGAUGUUCAAAUUGAAAAUAAAAC